GCAAGUCACAUCAAACAUACCAGUGGUGUGUCUGUGCAAUCAUCAACAACAGCAAAAGAAAGGAAGUUACACAGCACCGUAGUCGCUGUCAGCCUCACAAUGAACGGAGGUGAAAAAACCGUGUACAACGCACUGCCGAAGCUGCCCGGCUUCGCGUUUGAAGAAUUGCAUCAGCCCGUCACCAGAGGCCGGCAGCAACUCUGCUCAACGGAGCCCGAUGGCACUCGAACGGUGAAGACGUCAGCAUACUGCAAGCUUGCAGGUGGCGCGUCAGCGGCGGCGGCUCCGCCAGCGGAAGGCUGCGGCAUUCCCGUGCGCGUCAUCCUCCAGCACUUCCCCACCUGGCGCACGCUGGACGACAAGGUCCUGCGCUUCUUCGGCUACUACACGGAGGACGUCGUGGACAGCACUAUCGAGACGUGGCGGGUGCGGAAGGUCAAACUGCACUACUUUCUCGCCGACGGUUCACUGAACGUGGUCGAGACGCCGGCGGUGCAGAACAGCGGAUUUCAGAAAUGCACGACGGUGUCGCGCUUCCAUCCAGAUGGCCUCGACGUCUUUCAAAUGUGUGUCGGCGGCGUGGUCACGGUGCGAGGUUUGGACUACCACCUGGUAGACUGCGAUGCCGCCACGCGCGAGUUCUGCGAGGUGAUGGGCAUGCCGCAGCCGGAGCCGCUCGACUACCCGUGCGACGACUUCGAGGUCCGCGCCGCUCGUGUUCCGGCCGGCAUCGACGAGCAGCACGCGCAGAUGCGUCGCGUCGUGGAGAUGCAGGCGGCAGCGCGGACUGGCACCCAUGCCAGCCUCCUCACCCCAGCGGAGCGCGUAAAGGCUCGCAACUUCUUCGAGAACGACCGCAACGUGCUGCGCUUUUACGCGGUGUGGGAGAAGCGGAAGUUCCGUCUUUUGUACUACCUCGCCGAUAACACGAUGGCGGUGCUAUUUGACAAGGCAGAGAACGACGGCCGGGACUCGAAUGCGGCAUUCAUUCACCGCCGCACGAUUCCAAAGGAGGCCCGUGCUGCGCUGCUGUCGUUGGAGACGCUCGAUCGGCCGCACGGGCCCGCUCCCGCCGUUCUCACUCCGGCCGACCUGCGCACCGGCACCGUGGUGGACAUCUUCACCCGCCCCUUCUACAUCUACGACUGCGACGAGCACACGCGGUCCUACAUGGCGGCGCAGGGCAUCCCGCAGCUCGCCGUUGACAAACCGCCCUGCGAGGAGGACGAAAUCACUGUCGGGAAGCGCCGUCCGCGGCUGCCGCGGGCGCAGCGCACGGGGGCCAUCGCCACGGCCGGGGUACCCGCCAAGCGCUACGGCGCCUCUACGAUGAUCUUCGACGACUCGUUGGGGGAAAAAGAUGCGUUGAAACUGUCCCGGUACGCGCAGGACGUCUUUCGAUUUGGAGCACAGCUGCUGCGGCCGUCGCAGGAAAACGAGGGCCGGCAAUUCAUGAUCUGCUACUACCUUGCCGACGACACCGUGUCGGUGUACGAGUUACCCGUGCGCAACAGCGGCCACCUGGGCGGGAAGAUUUUCGCGCGGCGUGCCGUCGACACCAUCAGCGACCCGUCGUCGCUGCAGGUCGGUCGCACGGUGCAUCUCGACGGCACCGACUACGUCCUCACUGAGAUGGAUGAACGAACGAAGCGCUUCCUGGAGAUGGGGAUGCCGAACAUGGAGGAGGCGUAUUUCCGCACGCAGGACAUUCUGAACAAGGUGCCGCAGUACCUGAAUCAGCACUUUUCUCGCGUGACGGACGCCUUCCGGCACUACGCCUCAUCGUCAACGCAGGGGCUCACGCAGGAGAACGUGCGGGAGCUGCUCAACGACGCAGGCGUGCACGUGACGGAGGAGGAGAUGGCCAAUGUGAUGCGGCGCAUAGACGAGGACCAGGACGGCUGGGUCUCUCUCUCAGACUUCACGGAACAGCUUAUGCAGCAGCAGUUCCUCUCCACCUUCAAGCCAAGGGAGUCGCUGCGCACCUUUGGCGACGUGCGCAGUGGCAUCACGGUGCGUCGCGGUCCGGUACAGAGCGCAAUGAUGCUCAGCAAGGCGGCGAAUGCAAAGACGCAGGCUGAAGCCGCGCUGCGGCAGUUCCUCAGCCUGAUUGAGGCGCGCCGCACACUGGCCAUCCGCUCGUUUCGCGGGGUGUCAGAGUCCACCUAUGAUGGCAAUUUAGGUAUGGCGGACUUCCAGGCGUGUGUCAAGGACCGCCUCAAGACCCCGAUGACGGAUGAUGAAAUUGGUGCCCUGCUCUUCUUCUUUUACUACGCGCCUGGCCUGAACGAUUGGACGGCGCGGCGGCUGCCAGUGCAAGAAAUUCGGAGGAUUCUUCUUUUGUAA